UUGAAGCGUGAGGUGCUGCCCCUUUCAUGAAGGGAAGUUAUGAUUAAUGUGCAUAGUGAAUGUGGAACCCAGAGAGCUUUCCCAAAGCUGCAAGCGUUUAUUGUUUACGCUGAUAUAAAGGUUGAGGGGUUUUGCACCUUCACGGAAGUGAAGACAGUGAAUAUUGAGGAAAAGUACUGAGAAGUAAAGGGGGUCACAGUAGUGUUUUCGCGGGCUUGUGUCCAGCGUACCACUGGCGUAACUUGCAGAAGACCGGUUAUGGCUUAGUAAGUUAGUACAGUCCCGGACUCCGGGUUCUUAAGGACGUGAACUUUCGCGGAGAGGUCUGUGACCGACGGCAUGACAUUUAGAUCCAAGGACAAGACAGCGGGGAAUGCCCCCAGCAGAGACUUAAACAGCGAAGACCGUUACCAGCAGGCUACCCACCCCAGCAGCACCUGCCACUGUGCAGCCAAGCGGUGCCACAACUGCCCGGCGUUUUUUGUGUUUUUUGUUCUUUCACUAGGUCUACACGCUAUCAUGCUGGGUUGUUAUUUGGAACUGCGCUCAGAGGUCAGGAGAGAAUUGCUGGUGCAUGGCCAGCCAGGGGAUCGGGAUAAAAAGGAACGGUGGGAGCCGUCCACCAGUAGCAGUGGCGAUGUCCCCCGGAAGGCAGGCGUAAAGGGGCUCUCGGUGCACAGUGCUGCAGUACAGCAGUUGGCACCUUUCAACUUCUUCACCAGGAAGGAGCAUACAUUCUCGGUGAAAGAGGGCAGACAUCUUAUGCACCGGAUAAAAAGAAGUAAAAAUUCAGAGUGGGUUGAUGGUGCAACGGGAGGAAGCCCAAAUGUAAAUAGUAGGCCUAAAAAGAAUAAAGGAAAGAAGAUAGGACCCCCAGGCCCACCAGGACCUCAGGGCCCUCCAGGUCCACCAGGCCCACCAGGAAUUCCAGGCAUCCCUGGUAUUCCAGGGACAACUUUAAUGGGAUCACCUGGCCCAGUGGGUCCCCAGGGGCCUCAAGGGCCACCAGGUCCUCAGGGCCCCUCAGGUGUUGACAAAGGUUUAUCAAGAGACCAACAACCAGCUGUGGUUCAUCUGCAAGGACAGGGGUCAGCAAUCCAAGUAAAGAAUGAUCUUGCAGGUGGUGUGCUAAAUGAUUGGUCCAGGAUAACCAUGAAUCCCAAGGUCUUCAAACUGCACACCCGAAGUGGACACCUGGAAGUCCUAGUGGAUGGCGCCUACUUCAUCUAUAGUCAGGUAGAAGUUUACUACAUUAACUUCACAGAUUUUGCUAGUUAUGAAGUGCUAGUAGAUGAGAAGCCCUUCCUUCAGUGCACACGAAGCACCGAGACCAGCAAGACCAGCUUCAACACCUGCUACACAGCUGGGAUCUCCGUCCUGAAAGCCAGACAGAAGAUUGCUGUUAAGAUGGUCCACAGUGACUCAUCCAUUAACAUGAGCAAGCAGACCACAUUUUUUGGGGCAAUAUGGCUAGGAGAAGUACCAAAUCAGUAAGCCAGGAGACCAGAUGUCCAGUUACUUGUGAUUCCAUAAAGGAAACAUGGAAGGACCAGCAACAUCUGUGCUUCAGCUGAAAAAUUGAAGCUUUUCUUUGGAAGGUCUGGAAAAAUCUCUCUGCUUUAGGAUGCCUCAAGACCUUGAUUCUGCACAGUUCAGAAUGUUUUAGUUGUGAUGUGCAAGCAUAUUAAGCAUUGCAGCUGACAGGAUAUUAAACUGAUUGCAGUUGCUGACAGAAGAAGUCCUGAAGCACAAGUAGACAUUAAUGACAGUGGUUAUUUGGAUACCUGUUGGCAUGAUGGGAAUAAUUCCUUGUUGCGCAUAUAAACCAAGUAACACCCCCCCCCCCACCCCACCCAUAACUUUUACUUCCUUCAAGCCUUGGGAAUGCCUUGAACAUUGUGAUGCAUCUGAUUCCCAUCUUUGAAGCAGUUGCAUCUUUCAGACAUUACAUUGACAGCAAGAUGCAGAAAGGACCUGCCUGUGCCCACUUGUAACAGAUGGGAAAAAUAUCUUAUUUUUGCACAAGGUCACCUUUGAAAAAUGGAUCCAACUGAAAAUAUGCAUUACAGAAAAACUGGAAAAAUGAACAUUUGUAUGUUAGAUUAUGAACUUCACUUCACAUUACAGUGCAGUUUCAAUGUAUGUGCUCACUUUUCUUUUGGAAAUAGCUUUGUGGUACUGUAGUGUUUGAUUUUUGUAAGUGCCUAAAACAUCCAAAAGAUUAUAUAUACCAGUUCUUAAACACUUUUUAGAUUCAAGAGACAUAAAGGAGUUGUGUAACAGCUAAUGUUACCAGCUAAUGCAACCAUUCAAAUUCAUUUUCUUUAGUACAGUAAUAAAGCUGCUGGACAUUUUAA